AGAAAAAAAAAAAAAAAAAAAAACGCUGAGUCAUUCGGUCCCGCAUCACCGACGGCCAGAACAGAACUUCUUCUACGUAACAAACACCGCAGCAAGGGAAGAGUGACGACAGGACAAGAAACGAAGCUCAAUUUUGUGUCUUACCAUUUUGCUUCUUAAAUACCACGCUGCCCUGCAAGUUAGCUGUGUUUCUUUUCUUUUUUGUGCUCCCUGUUUGAUUACUUCUGCCAGAGUUUUAAAAACCCCUGCCGCUCCCCGACCCUCCCUCCCCCUCUCCAGAGCGCUAAUUUUACUUCUUCUGUGACCCAUUCGCAUACCCUCACAAUGCCGCUGGUAAAGGCCUCUGUUGAAGUCAACGAAGACACCAGGAUCCUGGGAUACGACCCCCUCCUCUCUCCUCAAUUCCUCCAGACUGAAAUCCGUGCUCCAGAAUUAGCUAUUAAAACCGUACAAUCCGGCCGCAACGAGGCCAUUGAAAUCAUUGAACAGCGCGAUGACCGCCUCCUCGUUAUAUGUGGUCCUUGCUCGAUUCACGACCCAGAUACCGCCCUAGAAUAUGCCAGACGAUUGAAGAAUCUCUCCGACAAGCUGAAGGCGGAUCUCUGUAUCAUCAUGCGCGCCUAUCUCGAGAAGCCCCGUACCACCGUCGGCUGGAAGGGCCUGAUCAACGAUCCAGAUAUCGAUGAAUCCUACAACAUCAACAAGGGUCUACGCAUCUCAAGAAAGCUCUACGCCGACCUGAACGGCAUGGGUAUGCCCAUCGCCAGCGAAAUGCUGGACACAAUCUCACCCCAAUUCCUCGCAGACCUUAUCUCCCUUGGCGCCAUUGGCGCCCGAACAACCGAAUCGCAACUCCAUCGGGAGCUUGCAUCGGGCCUCAGCUUCCCCAUUGGCUACAAAAAUGGCACGGACGGCAACCUGGGUGUCGCCAUCGACGCCAUUGGCGCCGCCGCAAAUCCCCACCAUUUCCUCGGUGUCACCAAGCAAGGGUUAGCAGCCAUCACAAAGACAAGCGGCAACGAGCACGGCUUCGUGAUCCUCCGCGGCGGCUCGAAGGGCACUAACUAUGGCCCCGAGAGCAUUGAGGCUGCGCGCCAGGAUCUGCGCAAGAAGAAGCAGCGCGAGAUCGUCAUGGUGGACUGCUCGCACGGAAACUCGAAGAAGAACCAUCUCAACCAGCCCAUUGUUGCUCAGUCCGUUGGUGACCAGCUGCGGAAUGGGGAGGAGGCUAUCAUUGGUGUGAUGAUCGAGUCGAAUAUCUAUGAGGGGAACCAGAAGGUGCCGCCCGAGGGGCCGUCGGGGCUCGUCAAGGGUGUCAGCAUUACUGAUGCGUGCAUCAAUUGGGAAAUGACCGUUGAUGUGCUUGAGCAGCUUGCCGAGGCUGUACGCGUUCGCAGAGCCGUUCGCGCAUCGAAACAGAAUGGUGUCGCGAGUAAUGGGACGAAUGGGAAUCAUGUCAAUGAGUCUUCUUGAGUUUCUUUUCUCUUCUGUUGUCCUUUUUUUUUUUUUUUUUCUCCUUUGCUUUCAUCCAUUUCUAGAACAAAAUAAAACGGGAAUGACUUUUGCUGCACUUCAUGUUCACUCUCAAUUUAUAAUUUCCCUGUUCAACUCUCCUAAACCAUCUUUUGUUUGUCACUUAAUCAUUUUGAUCAUUUAUCAAAAGUUUCCUUCGGUUCCAUCCGGUGCAUUUCGUUCUUCAAAAAUCAGGUUGCAUCGAAAUCAAAUCGGCCAAGGCAUGGGGUGAUACAAAACACGAUCUUGGGUACAAAGAGGUUAUUAGGGAGAACAUUUUCAUUGUAAUCUGUUGUGCUAUAUAUAGCGAAUCUUAAUUUAAUCUCCUUUUUCCUUUUACAAUAUUUUCGCCUUGCAACCCAACCUCCGCUCAUGACUCGCCUCCGAUUACUAUUUUUGCUUUUCCCUUUCUUUUUUGUCCCUUUCGUUAUCUCCUCCGUUCCCUCCGCACACUCUCAAACGAAACAUGUAAUGAGAAUUUCUCGGGUUUUAGAUAGUCAGAAGGCAGUGGUGGGUAGAGCAGAGUUUCAACAUUUAGUUGGCAAUCAAACUCCAAUCUGUAUGUUCCCUGAGCAAUCCUCGGACUCACGUUAUCGGAAAAAAAUGCUCCUGUCAUGCUGGAAGGAGAAGUGAAGUCGCGUUUCCAGUCGCGGCCCCUCUACGGUUUUAACGUUGGGUGUCUACAGAAGCUACGAAAUACUAAAUUUGCCGGGCUGUGUGUGCUACCUUGAGAAUCCUAGAAGGGACAUAAAUGCAUAUAUCUAUGCAGCUGAGUACUCUAGUGCUGAGAUUUUUCAUUCCUCUUCCAGCGCCCAGCACAGCCUAAGUCAUCACCUUCGGAUUCAACCGUUCUUCAAUGACCUUGCUACGCCAACACAGGCCAUAUUGGGGAACUCCGGUUCUAGUUUAGCGUUUAUUAACUCACCUCGAUAUGACCUCACAUGAAUUCCAAGGCGAAAUCCUCAUGCAGUUACCCCAUUCAUUUCACGGCUACUUGCUUGGAGUGGUCUUCGCCACUAAGCCCUCCGAAGUAAGCGGAAAUGGCCGGGAAAUCAACAGCGAAUAUCUAUGUACGGAACUUGGCGAUGCGGGUGAAAGAAGACUUACAAUUGUUGCAUUGGAUCGCUAUUUAUACAUCACUAUAUGGGCCGGAAAACAGCUCGAGAAUAUGAGAGCGAAUGCUAUCCCUAUUCUAAAUCAGGCAGCCAAUACAACACCUGGGAGAUUGUAUAUUAUACAUGAUAUAUCCUAUACAAAAUCAAGUGAUACGCACCGGGCAAUCGAUAUCUACCUUGAUUUAUAUUAUAUGCCUUUGAAAACUAUUAUGAUAGGCCAAACGACAAGAAAAAGCCCCAGAUAACUGAUUCAAUUCACCGGAAUUCCGGUAACACGUAACCACUAGCAAAGGUACCUGGAAUGAUAUCUAUCCAGGCAGGGGGCGCGUUUGCAUAAUACCGAUAUCUUAGAUUUCCAAGCAUGGUCUGAAAAACGCUGUACUGAAUGAACUCAGCGUUGGCGAAGUCCGAUAAAACCGUGGCUCUAUAAAGGAAGAUGGUUAACAAAUAUGUCGAGAAUAAUAAUAAGACAAAGAAUAUCUAUAGAACAAUUGGAGAACGGAAAGAGAGGAGAUAUAGAUGAAAUGAACCCAACCCGACUUACAUCCAAUACCGACACCCGCCAUUAUUCACCGAAAAUGUAUACUUAUCCCGUCCCAGAGUAGUGAUAUAAUUAGCAAAAUGUCGAACUUCAGAGCCGCGA